AUGACGGCUCCGCGUAUGGUGGAAUCCUCCUCGAACACACCAUCUGUGCUGGCCUCCAUCCGUGCCGCCGAUCUGCUCGCCCUUGGAAGACCGUUCGCUGAGUUCCCGCAAUACUCUAUCCUUGAUCUGCAGCGCAGCCCUGGGAUCCGCGAAGAUGCUAGCCACGACACCUCCAACUUUGCCCAAUGGCUAUCGAGGCGGCUGCAAGAAGGACGCCCGUUCGUGAUUCGAGACUUUGACCGGCUGCCGGAGUGGGACAGAAGGAUACUGUCCAUCGAGGGGUUGAUUGAACAUUCUACAAAGAAGAAUAUUCCCAUUCGAAACUGCAGCACGGGCAGAGAUCUAAGCUUCACACUGAAGAAAUUUGCAGACGCGGCCCGGCAAUCCUACAAAGAAUUUAAAAAUCUAUACGCGCGUGACCUACAGUGCCCGCAAACUUGGGUGGACUUAUGUCGCAAGCUGCUUCCAUCGGAAGUGCAAUGGGCUGGCCGCCUUGACCUCUUCCAGUGGUUGCCUCCAUGCGCUAGGAGUGAAGUUAUGAUGGCGUUUGUCGGCUCAGAGGGAUCAUCGUCGGGAUUUCACCGAUGCUUCUCCUCUACUGUUGCUUUGAACCUUCUUGUUGAAGGAAGCGACCACCCCGUGCUAUGUUUUGGAACCGACUUUAAGUCACAGUCAAAAUAUGACACUUUUAUGGCAUCUCGCGGCGCUUCUCCGCACAUCGACUGGUUGAACCUGGGGUCGGAAGAUCUGAAACAGGCUGACUUCCCGUUGUAUGUCUGGGAACAGCAGCCAGGUGAUUUAGUAGUCUUUCCACCUGCUACUGCUCACCAGGUUUGGAACCUUGGUUCCCUUUCUACCAAGAUUGUGUGGAAUAUCUUGCAUCCUUUAUCACUGGAGGCCGGAAUGGCCCAUGCGCAGCCGCCGUUUAAUAGACUCUGCCAUCCGGACGUUGCACAAACUAACCUCUCGCUAGCAUGUGCUAUGCUAAGUUUAUUGCGAGAAGAUACUAAAAAUCCAGCUCCACCGGAUCUACAUCUUCUAGCUCGUCUCUUUCGUCAGAUGGUUCGCGAGGAACGAAUAGUCGGCCAGCCAGCCACAUCCAUGACCCUUGUGCGUGUGCCAGAAACUGCCAUUGUAACCUGCGACUUUUGCAGUACGGCUAUUUGGAAUCGCCAUCUACGAUGCAGCGAGUGCGAGGACUUCGAUCUAUGUCUGAACUGUUUCUUAAACGGCCGAAGCUGUGAGCACAUCCAGAGCUAUUCUUGGGCUGAAAUCGUCCCGCAAGAGACUUGCGCGCGUGUACUAGACCGCGCUCAGCAACUUCUUGGUUACAGGCUGGACGACGAUCGCUCUUUAGAUCUUCGGAAGUCCUUGGGCACAGCUGUCAAUGACCUAAUUCUGGCAAAACAGAACACCUUUACCAGGUUAUGCCACCUAUGCCGCAUCGAUCACCUAGCGUGGAAGGGGCGGCGGUGCGACCGCUGUUCAGCAUUUUUUUGUUUUCGUGGACUUUAUCGACACUUUGACGUCAACUCGGCAGAGGUGAUGCGCCAGGCUUCGUUGUGGAUAUGUCCCAAGUGCCUUGAAACCUGCAACUGUAGGUGUUGCCAUUUCCCUUCAGCAUAUGUGAAGGCCGAAAAGCCAGCGUCGAAACGAAGAGUAAAACCAGCUGACUCACGAGGUAAAAUUACGGGGUUUACCGAUAACGUCUUUGACCAAAAAAGGAGGACAAUAACGAGUACUAGCUCAGCAAACCAGAAUACACCCACUUCAAGCAAUGGAAACAAGCGACCUCUGCCCACCACGCCACCAAAUAUGGACAAUUUGUUGCGAGCGUCCCCAGAUACCCCUGUUGUGUUAAAUGCGAUACAUGGUAGAGAUCGCAACCCUGAAAAUAGCAUCAGCAACUUUCCUAAUGACAAGGCUGGGAAAGGAAACAUGGACGACGAUCAAGUCCCUACAAAGGUGCAGAAGUUAUUGCACGGAAGUUCCAGAACUGCUACACAGACACGCGACGACGGAAAAGUUCUGCACAGUAUAGAUUAUAUUACUCGAAUGCCAUCUCCUACCGACGACCUCGUUUCCCUCCCACCUCUAAAAUCAGUAUGCAGCCCUGAAUGUACGCCUGAUUUACCCUCUCCUCCCGCAACUAAGCGGUUGCCUUCGGAUGUUGUCACGUUCAAGAAUACUAGUGCGAGGAGAAAAAAUGCUACUGCUCCGCAACACAGUCGGGGCCUCGAUCAGUUUAACAGGGAGUCCAAACAUAACUUAGACCACUCUCCGCCUAUUCUACCAAUGACCUUCAAUCCUCUGCCGCCAAACCCUACUCCUCACGGCAUUGCUACGAAUCAAUUAAUACACCUAUUGUCAUCUCAGACCGCCAUUCACUCUCCGCCUACCCAGUUUCGCCCUACUACCACCAGCACCAUCGCUUCCAACACGGCGGCCACGCCGUUGACCGUUGCCGCUUACCCUCCAAGCUCGUCAUUUGACACCCUGGAAUGUCAGCUACGUAAACUUCGUCAAUACGCCGAAGAGCUCUUAUCUCUCUCUCUGUUUGACUCGCAUCGCUUACUACAACACGAAAUCCAUCAUUUGGAAGACAUGCUGUUGCUGGCGAAGAGAGAGCGGAGCAAGCAGCUUAUUAAAAAGCUAGAAAUUGAUUUUCCCGGGCUUGUUGGGGUUAAAGAGGGUAUCCAGCGAGAAGCUGCAAAAUUAGGAUAUUUCUAA